UGAGCUCCAAUUCAGCAGUCUGCAAACUGCUCUCUCAGUGAUGCAGAAACCCAGCUAAAGUUGCUCGUUUCCUCCACGUCCACAGUUAGUAUAUUCUGGAGUGUAAGAGGGGACUCAAGCAACAUAUUGUGGAUGAUGCUGACGGUACUGCCGGCGGAGUGGGUUUAAGCUUCAGUAUGCUUUUGCUGUGUGUGAUCCUCAGAGCCUAGCCAAAUCACCUCUACUGCCGUAGCAAACACUGUGUAAGUGAACUCAUGUGUGGAAGAGGCGUAAUCAGCUGGGAAAUUUCAUAAAAGGAGCUUGGAGAAUGCUAAAAAUAAGUUCAAUAUGAUCCUUCUGCUGAGGUUUGGAUUUCUACAGAACCAGCACUGUUUUUGCUUUGAAUUCUGAAGACAGGUCCAAAUCCUAUUUCUUUUAUGUAUCUGCUGUGCUUCUCUGUGGAAGAGUGGGAGACAGCUUUUUGACUGUGUUUUGAAAUGGGAGAUAGAGAAUGGAUUACUUUAAUUUAUGCCUGAAAAUGUAUUAUUUGGAUAAUUAAGGAGGAAUUUUUUUUCUUAAAAAAAUACCCAAUCUGUUGGUUCAUACUGGUCUAUGACCCCCACCACCACCAUUAACCUCCAAAGUGAUUAGCCUACGUUUCUUACAUUCCCAUGGAAGGAGCUAAGUGUAUUUAAUAUUAGGAGCACAUUCAGAAGCCUUUGAGGAGGGGAAUGGCUCUUCUUAUUCAUGAAGCUUGCCUACUACUGUUGAUCAUCCCUGGAUUGGUUACUUCUGCUGCCAUCAGUCAUGAAGACUAUCCUGCUGAUGAAAGUGAUCAGACCUCCAGUAAUGACAAUUUGAUCUUUGAUGACUAUCGAGGGAAAGGGUGUGUGGAUGACAGCGGUUUUGUAUACAAGUUGGGAGAACGAUUUUUCCCAGGGCAUUCCAACUGUCCAUGUGUCUGCGCACUGGAUGGACCUGUUUGUGACCAGCCAGAAUGCCCUAAAAUUCACCCAAAGUGUACUAAAGUGGAGCACAAUGGAUGCUGCCCUGAGUGCAAAGAAGUGAAAAACUUUUGCGAGUAUCAUGGGAAAAUUUACAAAAUCUUAGAGGAAUUUAAGCCCUCUCCAUGUGAAUGGUGUCGCUGUGAGCCCAGCAAUGAAGUUCACUGUGUUGUAGCAGACUGCGCAGUUCCUGAGUGUGUCAACCCAGUCUAUGAACCAGAACAAUGUUGUCCUGUCUGCAAAAAUGGUCCAAACUGCUUUGCAGGAACCACAAUAAUUCCAGCUGGCAUUGAAGUGAAAGUGGAUGAAUGUAACAUCUGUCACUGUCACAAUGGGGACUGGUGGAAGCCUGCUCAAUGUUCAAAACGCGAAUGCCAAGGCAAGCAGAUUGUAUAGAACAAGUUCCCUGCCCAUGACGAGUUCUUAGAAGAGAACGUUAUGGCUGCUACACUGCACAUGUUUAAAACUAAACAAAAUCAACAAACUCCUGCCAGCUACAACAGGGUCACCAGCAAAACCUUUUAGGGUUGACAAAAGUGAAUAUUUUACUAAGAGGACAUUUCUCUCUUGCUAUAUAAAAUAUAUAUGGUAUAUAGCUC